AUGUCACCCAUUCUUUCUGACCUAUCCUCUCCACAGAUUAUUUUUAUUCUCUGUGAUGAGCACCUGGCAUUGACCAUAUUGUUCCUCAUGCACUUGAGUCAUGAGCCUUGUUCCUGCUGUUGGAACUCUGCAUUGCAUAAUGCGGUGUCGAGCGCCGCAUCGCAGGAGCACGCUGCUGCCGAGGCUGAGCCAACUUAUCAAUCUUUAAGAAAUGUCUAUGGGAUGGCAAAGCCCCAACUCUUAAACUCUAUCCUCAACAUUGCCGGCGCUGCACUCAGCGCGCAUCUAGCACAAAUGGCGCCUUCAGGAGCGGGAUCGAGGCUCCCAACCGUGCUGUUGGUCUUCGCAGGACUGUCUGCACUCAUCGCUGUUCUGGUCUCAUUCUGGUCGAUUCUUCUACAGCUACGCAACUAUCGAAAGCCUGCCCUGCAACGAAUGGUCGUUCGAAUCAUGAUUAUGGUGCCGCUAUAUGCUGUAGCCUCUCUGAUAUCUUUGUUCUCCUUGGAGGCGGCGUUCGUUAUUGAUGCUAUAAGGGAUAUAUACGAGGCCUUUGUGAUCUAUUGUUUCUUCGUCCUCCUACUCUCUUAUCUCGGCGGAGAGCGCUCUCUGCUUAUCCUACUCCAUGGACGACCUCCCAAGGAACCAGUCUUCCCUCUCAAUCUUUUCAAACGCGAAAUCGAUGUCAGCGACCCCUACACGUUUUUAUUCCUAAAGCGAGGCAUUCUACAAUAUGUCCAAGUGAAGCCGGUCCUUGCUGCAGCCACCCUCAUCCUCAAAGCAACCGGCAAGUACAAUGAAGGCGACUUCCGAGCGAACUCCGGCUAUCUCUACGUCAGCAUCGUCUACAACAUAAGCAUCUGUCUGAGCUUGUACUGUCUGGCAAUGUUCUGGAUCUGCGUGAACGACGAUCUCAAACCUUUCCGCCCGGUCCCUAAGUUCCUAUGCGUCAAGGGCAUCCUAUUCUUCUCGUUCUGGCAGUCUAUCGCCAUCUCCGUCCUCGUAGCUGCAGGCGUCAUUACCAAACUCGGCCCAUACACCGACCCAGAGCACGUCUCCGUCGGCCUGAAUGAUCUCCUCAUCUGCAUGGAAAUGCCCCUCUUCGCUUUCGCCCACAUGUAUGCCUUCUCGUACACGGAUUUCAUCGAUUACCACCAUACCUUUGUAGCUCGCAUGCCCAUGUGGUAUGCCUUCCGCGACGCGUUCGGCCCCAAGGACGUCAUCGAAGACUCGAAAGUUACUCUCCGCGGCGAGGGCAUGGACUACCGCGAAUUCGAGCCUGCUGAAGGCUUCAUGCAUCAGGGUGUUGGAAGAGAUAACCGUAUCCGCGCAGGGCUGCGGUAUAGCAAGGGCGGGCAGAAGAAAUACUGGCUGCCGAAGGCCACUGACGACAGCAGGCUGCCAGGGCGAGCCGAACGAGCCGUGAAUAAGGCCGUCACGAAGAUCGCGGGCGAAGAACAGGGAGAAAGCGUCCAUGCACCACUGCUGGCACAUCAGGCGGACGAUGUGGUGCACCUCGCGCCAGACUUGCAGGACGCGCCGGACGACACGCUCUGGGACAGCACGGUAGACGCCGAGGAAGGGUACGAGCUCCCGUUCGGCGACAUCGACGAGGCGGACGAAGAGCUCUUCGAGUACAGCAAGAGCUAUUUGUUCGGCGAUUACAACUACCCGUGUAUCGACGUCAGCUCGGAGUCGGCGCGGAUUCUGAUCUGGGACGAGGAGGAACGAGUACUAAGAGACGAGCGCGGGGCCUGGUUCUCCCCGAUCAGAGGCGCGAAAGGGCAGGCUGCACUUCAGAAGCGCGAUCGGCCAGCAUGGGAAGGAUAUGGUGCCGUAGGUACGAGCGAUUCGCGGCCCAGAAUGUCGCAAAGGUUCGACGACGACAGACGCGGAUACCUCAUCGACCACGAUGCGGACCGGGUGGCACGGGCUUCAGCAGAGCCCAAAGAUGUCGUGAUGAAGUGGACGAAAGCACGCACCACCGCGGCGCCCCGCAUUCGUGUCCAGCCCUCGGCACGGCUAACACCGUCGCCCACGCCAUCAGGAUCUGGCAGUAGGAGAGACAGCGGCAGUGGGAAUGGAGGCAGCCCUGGCACUCGAAUACGAUCCCCUCCAUCUCUAUCGCGAAACAACUCUCGGGCGAGUGCGUCGCCUGUCCUCCCACCCGACGCCGUGGAUCUGGUCGUGGAGGAUAAGCAAGCAGCCGAGGAAGACCAGGAGUACACCCGGCGGAAGGGUGAGCCGUCUACGCGUGGCUCGGGCCUGCGAAAAGUCUAUCGGCGGGGAUUCGUCGUUGACGGUGGGGAUGGGCAAUACGGGGAAGGUGAAGUCGAGGUCGAAGAACCUGGAGGGGCAAGCAACCGGAGGGUUGAGGAGAUUGCCGAACGGAUUGAAGAGGCUAAGGAGCCGAAGAAGGCUGGCCAGGAGGCCGAAUGGACACAGGAGACAGAGGGCGUCGUGGCACGAAGUGGGACGCCUCCACUACACGCCCGCGUGCAAGCCUAUCACUAUGAUGAUGUUCUUGGGAAUGAUAACCCCUGGGCAUGA